AAUGGUUUGCAAUGAUGGAUGAGGGUGACGAUUAUGUGCCUCAGAUAUCGCAGCUCGACUACUCGCUUAUGGCUGGUGGGCCGGCUGCGCUGCAGGCCGAUGCGGCAGGCAUUUACGGUCAGCCAUCACCGCAGAUGCCCCUACAACACAUCCAGUAUGGUGGCGAACCGGCACCCAUACAUCCGUGCCAAAUGCCGAAUCCGUUGGCGCCGCAAAUGAUGCAUCAACCGCAGCAGGUGAUGCCACCAGCCGCGCCACAAAUGCAGCCUUCGGUUGUGCCGAGACCGAAGGUUCCACGACGUCGCAAAAACGCAACAAACGUCGAGCAGCAACAGCAGCAGCAACAACAACAGCAGCAAACGCCAGCAGCACAGGCGAUGCUUCCACCAUCGCCGGUGCCAAGGCACCAGUACAUGGGCGCUAUGUCACCAAUGCAAAGUAUGGCAGCAAUGUCGCAGAAUCCACUGAUGGCUCACAUGCGACCUGCGGGCACUGGUCUACAAAUGCAGCAACAGAUGUUGCCCGGCAAACACCCGGGGCCC